CCCAAUAUUAUAAUCCUCCCCACCCCCCAAACAACACUUGGGAGUUGGGACAGCGUGCAUCCUGGAAGGACGCAACAACAACUAGGCUGCGAAAUUGCUCAUAUUCGAACAAAAUUGAAAUUUUUAUUCAACACAACACGUGGCUUUACCUUUUUUGUUCAAAAUUUGUGUGAAAAUUUCGAUGAUCCACAACUCAAGCUGUUAUAUAUAUACGUCGUAGGGGCCAAAGAGUAAGCGUUUAAGUUCAUUGAACUCCCAAGAAAAAGCACAGAGUUGCCAGCCCACCAGCUAGCAGAUAAUAUGUCGAGUAACGGUGCAUUGGAGGAAACGAAAGUUCCUCUGAUUGAAGAUUUAGCUUCAGUAGAACGAUUGAAAGCUGAACAAGAUGAUCAAAAUCAAUCUCUUACGAAAAGGGUAUGGAUUGAAUCGAAGAAGCUAUGGCAGAUAGUUGGUCCUGCAAUCUUUAGCCGCCUUGCCUCUUAUUCCAUGCUGGUUAUCACUCAAGCCUUUGCAGGCCACCUUGGUGAUCUUGAGCUUGCUGCCAUUUCAAUUGCCAAUAAUGUCAUCGUCGGUUUCGACUUUGGCCUCUUGUUGGGGAUGGCAAGUGCACUUGAAACACUAUGUGGCCAAGCCUUUGGAGCAAAGAAGUACUACAUGUUGGGAGUAUACAUGCAACGUUCAUGGAUUGUUCUUUUCCUGUGUUGUAUUUUGCUUUUGCCUUUAUAUCUAUUUGCUUCGCCAGUACUCAAGCUAUUGGGACAGCCUAAAGAUGUUGCAGAACUAUCAGGGAUUGUUUCUGCGUUGAUGAUACCACUUCAUUUCAGCCUUGCUUUUCAGUUUCCUCUGCAAAGAUUCUUGCAGAGUCAGCUGAAAAACAUGGUGAUUGCAUGGGUUUCUCUGUUGGCUCUCUUGGUCCAUGUGUUUGUAAGUUGGUUGUUUGUGUAUAGGCUUCAGCUCGGAGUGGUUGGAACUGCAAUUACCUUGAACUUUUCUUGGUGGGUUUUGGUUUUCGGCCUCUUUGCCUAUACUGUUUGUGGUGGGUGCCCUCUUACUUGGACCGGCUUCUCCAUGGAAGCAUUUUCUGGUCUUUGGGAAUUCAUCAAACUCUCUGCUGCUUCCGGCGUCAUGCUUUGCUUGGAAAAUUGGUACUAUAGAAUAUUAAUUCUGAUGACUGGAAAUCUGACAAACGCAAAGAUUGCCGUGGAUGCUUUGUCCAUUUGCAUGACAAUUAAUGGAUGGGAGAUGAUGAUACCGUUUGCAUUCUUUGCUGGAACGGGAGUGAGAGUGGCAAAUGAGCUUGGGGCUGGGAAUGGGAAAGGAGCAAAGUUUGCAACAACAGUUUCAGUGGUGACAUCAGUUAUAAUAGGCAUCUUCUUCUGGAUGUUACUUAUGACCUUUCAUGAUAAGUUUGCUCUUAUAUUUUCCACAAGCGAACCAGUUUUGGAAGCAGUAAGCAAGCUCUCACUUCUCUUGGCCAUCACCAUUUUGCUCAAUAGUGUUCAGCCAAUUCUUUCUGGGGUGGCAGUGGGAUCUGGAUGGCAAUCCUAUGUGGCUUACAUAAAUUUGGGUUGCUACUAUCUGAUUGGGGUUCCACUUGGAUUCUUGAUGGGAUGGGGCUUCCACCUAGGAGUAAUGGGAAUUUGGGCAGGAAUGAUCAUUGGUGGGACAGCAAUUCAAACAGCGAUACUGGUCAUUAUUACCAUGCGGUGUGAUUGGGAGAAGGAAGCUGAGAAAGCAAGCCUGCACGUAAAGAAAUGGUCAGACACAAAGUAAUCAAAAGCUCAUAUUAAUCCUGUCAAGACAAGGAUCUUAUUUGACAGAAAAGAUUACCUAAUUAUAAACUGAUCCGAAUGGUGUAGUCAUCUUACAAGUUACAAUGGCCUACUAAAAUUUGAUUGGCAAUUUAAGAUCGAAGCCCCUUGUUUGUAAGUCUCCAUUUUUGGUUUUCCUGUCGGUACAACCAUCUUUGUAAUUCUCUUUCACUUUCGAAUGAAAUGGCAAACUUGUUAUUGAAGUGUAAACCAUUGGUCCAUGGAGCAUUUCCUAAUGUGUUUCUAUUCACCCGUCUACUCUUAAAGUUCACUGGGACAACCUCCAUAUAUGGCAAAGAUAACAGGGUUGCUUCAUCAUUGAUAAUAUAUAAAGAUAUAAAUGAUACAUUAAUAU